AUGAAUUUUUUAUUGAGACCAAUAUCUACUACUUCAAAGAGCCAUGAUCGUAUCAUAGAUAAUCAAAUAAACGAAAAAAAUAAUACAAAUGCAAUCAUAUCUACUGAACCAACGCCGUUGUUUGUCAUCAAGUCGAAGGUUCAAUCAUCUGAUAACAGGCCUAAUACUUUUACAUUUCCUAUUUUACAAGAUAAAAAGAUAUUUAUUAAUGUCUGUUGUGCAGAUGAAAUACCAAAACCUGAUGUGGACUUUAAUCCAAAUAUAGUGUAUCCUUUGAUUAUGAAUAAUAAAUGGGAAAUCCCAAUUGUAACAACAUCGAUUAGAAAUGAUACUGAUAAAAAAGGUAACCUCUGUUAUGUUUGUGAUUGUUGUAUAAAUACAGCUUGUGCUGAUUGGAUUAGCAAGGACCUGCAAUUACGUGAGAUAUUAAAUGAAUGGUGUUUAGAAUCCUGCGAAUUGAGAGAAGUAAUCGAAAUCUCAAGAGAUAAUAUAGCUUUCCCUAAGAUGAAAAAAAAAGGUAAUAAAAUACCUACCCUAGAAAUUUUAAGUGAAGAUUUAACUCAAAAUUUAAAUAUCCAAGGUCAACAGAUUUUAAAUGCUGAAAAAGACGAUCCCUCUUCAAUACUUACAAUGAAACGAGAUUUAUUAAGAAAAGAAGAAGAGGAAACUUCCACUUUGCUUGGAAGCAACACCGAAGAAUUACCUCCUUUAUUUCCAACUCAUAAACGUAAUAUUGCCUCUACAGAUGAUGCAAAUAAAGAUAAUAAAUCGAAAAAAAACCCUUUAAUUCAAGAAAUUAACCAACUUUCCAUUAAUGAUAAAGAUAGACCUGUUAAAAAAUUGAAAAAUCCAACAAUCAUUAAAGAAGACGUAAUUUUUGAUGUUCAAAUGAGAAAGACCAAAAAUACAGAUGUUUAUAAACUAAGAAUUGAAAUUAAGUCGGAUCAAAUAACUUCUGGUUUAGAUCUGUCAUUAUCAUAUGAACCCAAAAAUAAUCAAUUAUUACUAAAAAAUUUAAAUACUCAAAUAUUUAAUGAAAACAUUUUGAAGAUUCCAUUACCAAAUAUUUUCGAUAAUAAAGAUAACAAAAUAAUUUGGAAAUGCUUUUACACCAAAAAGGAUCACAAAUUAAUUAUUUUCAUUUAA